AUGCUGGCCCUGCGGCUGCUCAACGUGGUGGCCCCUGCCUACUUCCUGUGCAUCUCCCUGGUGACCUUCGUCCUGCAGCUCUUCCUCUUCCUGCCCAGCAUGCGGGAGGACCCCGCCGCUGCCCGCCUCUUCUCGCCCGCCCUGCUCCAUGGGGCGCUCUUCCUAUUCCUCUCUGCCAACGCCUUGGGCAAUUACGUCCUGGUCAUCCAGAACUCUCCGGAUGACCUGAGCACCUUCCAGGGGACCUCAUCCAGGAGGGCUCAGUGUCCCCCGCCCAGCACCCACUUCUGCCGAGUGUGCGCCCGGGUCACACUAAGGCACGACCACCACUGCUUCUUCACGGGCAACUGCAUCGGCAGUAGGAACAUGCGCAACUUCGUCCUGUUCUGUCUCUACACCUCCCUAGCCUGCCUCUACUCCAUGGUGGCUGGCGUGGCCUACAUCUCGGCCGUCCUUUCCAUCUCCUUCGCCCAUCCCCUGGCCUUCCUCACGCUCCUGCCCACCUCCAUCAGCCAGUUCUUCUCCGGCGCUGUCCUUGGUUCUGAAAUGUUCGUCAUCCUCAUGCUCUACCUCUGGUUUGCUGUGGGCCUGGCCUGUGCUGGCUUCUGCUGUCACCAGCUGCUGUUGAUCCUCCGAGGGCAGACUCGCCACCAGGCUCGAAAGGGGAUGGCAGUCAGUGCCCGGCCUUGGCGCAAGAAUUUACAAGAGGUCUUUGGAAAGAGAUGGCUGCUGGGCCUGCUGGUCCCCAUGUUCAAUGUUGGAAGCGAGAGCUCUAAGCAGCAGGACAAGUAGCAGGUCAGACACUCUGGUCGUUUCUGUGUCUCCAUUCCUCCUGCACACAAGACCAUGGCACCUUGUCUCCACCAUGACCCACAACAACUCCAGGCUGGUAAGGUCCUCUCACUCCAGG